AUGGCAAACCACGUGGAGAUCGUGGAGCCAGUGGGCUUGAUCGAGCUUGUAAAGCACCUUGAGCAAGUCACCUCGGCCCAACAGCAACAACAAUAUAACAGUUCUUCAGGAAUGUCCUUCACCACAGGUCUGCUUCUGGGCCAACUGAGUGUUGUUCUCUUGGUCAUUGUCUGUUUCAAGUACCUCCUCCUCGAAGACGUCCGCUACGGUCGCAAGCCCCGGUCAUUCUCAAACAGAGGAGUAUCGAUCCCAGCACCACCCACAAAACCAUCGCUCCCCUCGACAACCACGAUCUUGAACAAGACCUUCUACGACGUUUACGACCAUACCCCGGAAUCCCUUGACUGGAUGACCGUCUUGAUGGCCCAGGCUAUUGCUCAGUACAGGGAUGACUCCAAGGUUAACAAUCGAUUGAUCAAGGCAUUGGCUGAGGCCUUGAACGGUGGCGUUCGACCUGACUGGGUGGGACACAUUCGUGUGACAGAGCUCAAUCUGGGUGAAGACUUUCCGGUCCUGAGCAGAGCAAGGAUCCGACCAGCCGACCAACCUGCAGGCAGCGUGCGGGCGGAAAUCGAUAUAGACUUCAACGACCAGAUCAUGCUGGGUAUUGAGACGUCGUUGCUGAUCAAUUGGCCCCGUCCCAGGAUAGCAGCCCUUCCCGUCUCGCUUGUCCUCUCCGUCGUCAAAUUCCAAGCAACAAUAACGAUGCAGUUCAACACGAUCGACGGCCAACAACACAUUUCAAUCUCAACACUCCCCGAUUUCGACCUGGAAUUUGGCGUACAAUCGUUACUGGGCGCAAGGACAAAACUCGAGGAUGUCCCCAAGGUGACUGACCUGAUCACAUCGAAACUGCGUGGGUUUUUUAUCGACAAGUGUGUCUACCCGAACGGACGCGACAUUGCCAUGCCUACCUUCUGGGCCAAACGCGACAUUUAUGCAAAGAGCCAGUCUAGCAAUAACAUUGGGAAAGAGCAAUAG